AUAACGCAUGCGCACAUACGAUCUUCGGCCGCCAUACUUUUCCGUUUCCGUUGAAAGAUAUUUGUGAUUUUAUAUUACGAUUCUACCGCUAUAUUUUAUUUCAUCACUCGUGUUUAGAGGUAUGAAUACGUAGAUAGAUGCUUGGGAUAUUGAGGCCAACAUCUAGAUACAAAUGCUGUCAAAUAACGGCAGAUAAAUAAUAAUCCUGUGAAGAGAUUCAUGCUUGGCAGAUUUUUUACGUCAUUCCUUGUCUAUUUUCUAAUACAAUAACAUUUCGAUCAGAAGAACUUCGAUUUUUUUACCAAAGCAUCCAGUUCCAUGCAGAAGAGCAUGGACAGAAAAAGGCCUGGUAGUUGUCAGUCCAAGGGAUAUUUAUCACAAGAGCAACCGAGAUUGAACUCUCAAGUUCAUUCCAAAGAUGGAGCAUCAUCAAAGUGGACAAUGAACUCUAAUAUAGAUCUUAAUCAGAAUAAAGUGAUGACCUCUUCAGUAUAUCUGCCUUCUCUCAAAGUGCCUCUGGUCUGCCUUCUUCCAUCUGACAUGCCUGUUAAUGCGCAGAAACAGCUCUGCGCCCUACUCAGGAGCAAGAGCGCAGCUGCGACAGCUAAAUACGAAAACCUCAACAAUAUUUGCAACACCGAGAAGAACAUCUUAGGCACAAAAACACAGGAGCUGUUGCAGCCUCCCACACAAGACGUGGGCAUGGACUGUGACAGUCUACUAAACUCGUAUACUUCGCCUAAAAGCUCUGGUUCGGUGGAGAACCCGAAGAAAACCUCUGUCCCGACACUUGACGAGGAGCUGCGCGUCCCGCCAACUCCACCACCUGAAGAUGGCAGCGCCAUUAUGGGCGAGGAUUCUACAGAGCCUGACUGCAAGUCACAGAGCGAUGGCAGUCUUAUCGGGUCGCCAUCUUUCUUGCCGCUGCUCAGUAAUGAAACGAGCCCAAUUUGGUGCCUCCAACAGCCUGUUGUGGUCUUGAAGAGUAUUUCUCCUUCAUUAGAUUACUUUAGUAAACCUGACACAUCAUUAUUAUUGGAAACGGAGAAGCAGGCGAGAGCAGAGGGGCACUAUCCUGUUGUUAAUAAGUACUUGUCUUCGCCGCAAUGUUCUGUUAUUGAAGAGCCGUCUAAGGUGACGAAAGAAAACAUGCUGCCGUCUCAAGCAAGUCAAGAGGCCAGUGACCGAGCCCGAGAAAAGGGAUUGGUUCUAUAUAAGCCUCUCGGGGAAGCCACUACGCCAGUUUACCGUUCUAUACGAAAUUGUCAUCUGACAGGGAGCUCUGAGAUGCCGAGAAGGCAAGGAGAUGAAACAAACUCCGCUGUUCUGCCGACAGUUAGACGAACACUCAUUUCAACCAAUGAGAUUGAAAUGGCAUGUCCCCUCGAAUCAUCAGACCGCAGGCUACAACUUGAGAAUGGAACCACAUGUUCUUGGCCUAAGCCAUUAGACCUUCAGACAUCAGAGAUUCCGCCCGAAUCAUCAGUUCAUCAGGCACAAGGCGGGUCUGCAAACACGUAUUCUCCACCCAGGCAGAAUUCUAUGUCUUCCGUUUCUGUUGUUGCAUGCAAACGUUUAGACGAUUUACCUUUGGAAACAUCAGACACGUCAGGGACUUCACACGACAAAGACUCAAAUUUAUCAAUCACGCUGUCCUCCGCCUCUAAUUUGCUUGUCACAUUGGAGCGCACAGAAGAUUUAGACCAACUUGAAACGGCAUGUUCUCCGUCCAUGUCAGAAUCAAGUGCGUCAACAAAUUCGGUCUGCCACACUGCGACUGCUGCAAAACCAAACGAGGCUAGAAUUCCAUGCUCUUCGCCAGAUAUAAGUGCUUCAAGACACCCGUUGUCUCCUGUCUCCAAAUUGGUUGUCGUCUGUGAACGUUUGCUUGUUGCUCAACAAGGUCAAAAAGGAAUUCCACGUCCUUCCCCAGCAAAAUCGACUGGAGUCUCGUGUUUUCCGCCCAAGCAUGACAGGAGUAUCUUAAGACCACCGAUGUCCCCAACCUCUAAACUAAUCGUCGCAUGCGAACGCCUUAAAGGUUUGCCUUACGUGAAUGAGAAGAUGCGCGCUUCUAUUGAGGAAUUUUUACGCAAGUACAACCUUUCACGAAGAACAGAGAGUAAAGGUUACGCGGGAAAUCUGGAAGAGUAUGAUAAAAAUACCAAGUCGUAUAAUGUUCUUGAAAGAACCGGACACACCUGUAUCCCUCCCAGCAGAAGCAACAUUGAUCAGAUGAUGGCAGAACACAACUACGCAUCUUCCGGGACGAAGAGAAUAUCUCCGUUGUUAGAUGCAAAGGUCACGUUUGAGCGACUUUCCCUGAAUAAUUUGAAUAUCCUAACAGUAUCAGACAGUUACAUGUCCUUACUAAAGAAGAAAGCUUUAAAAGCGGCUCGCAUGAAGACUUAUCGAAGAAGAAAGACGAUUGAGCAGAAUAGAAAACGCAAAGCGAGUGUGGCAGAAGAUGACCAUCAGUCAAAGCGUCGUAAACUCAGUAAGAGCAAAAAAGAGAAGGGUGAAAUGGAAAAGAGACCGAAGAAGGCAAGGAUUCCAAUCCACUACCGCAACUACCAACCGUGGCAGAUCAAGACCAUCCCUACCUUAAAGAUGCGCUAUAAAGUCUCUUUCGCACUGUGGCCGGAGAGGUACUCGAAUGCCCUGGCACGAAUCAACCAACGACUUACAAAUCAGAACAGCUUUUGGAACAGUAUUAGGUGAGAUGUCAUCCUCACGUUAAAGAGGCGCUGCAAACUCAUUCGCACUACGGCCGGAGAUAUGCGUUGGCACGAAUCGCAAAUCAAAACAGUGUCAGGUGAGGUCCACCCAAGAAUCGCAAAUGACAAAAAGGUGUAGGUGGGGUCCAAUACUGACGUUAAUCUCUAACCUGACAGUAUUGGGCCUGUUCACACAGAUAAAAAACCAAGUCAGUACAUGUAAAGACGCUUCAAUGAAAAUGCAUAUUAACUCAUUCAAAGUUUUUGGGAAUAGGGUUACAAAUAGAAGAGCAAAAAUAUAUUAUAAAAGACAUUUCCAAUUAUAAAACCAAGAGAUAUUUAACAGUAGAUCGGGUUGGCUGUUGUUUGGGGAAGCGUUUUAGUUCUGCAAAAAGUAAGAGAUGAUAUGUGGGUGCACUGGCUUGACGUUAUCACCAGCCGUGACCGAAAAAUAGGGAAAAAUGAAUAUUUCCUUUCACCUAGUCUGCCUUUUAAGGUUGCGUAAAAAGAAAGUAUAUUUUUAACAGCAACAACAAAAAAAAUUAUAAAGUUUGUAAAUUAAAAAAACAAUCGUUCUGCUUGCAUUUUUUUUUAGGAAUUUUAUUUAAUAUUUGAAUCCCUAUCCAGUUUUACUCAUAUAUUAGGUUUGAUUAUAGUUGCAGCUGAAUCAUAUAUAUAUAUAUAUAUUUUAUUUAUAAAAAGAUGCAUUUAUGUGGCUUGCAUGCCUUGGACUUCUAAUGCCUUGAUGAUAAUAAAGAUUUGUUAUUUCAA